UUUGCACAUGUAAAUGCAUAAACUUGAAUACAAUGAAAAUUUGCUAAUCAACAUCAAUAGUCUGACACCAACACAUAUGUGGGGCCAAUAGACUCUUGAGAUGCAUUUGCCAGACAUUGUUUUACUGUAGCACGAUGCGGUUGUUGAACGCAAUUUUCCUUAGGGUACUUACAGUACUUUGUGUUUGCGAACGAUCAGUCGCCACAGUACCUGACCUACGUAAUGUUGUAGCCCCAACGAACGUACAAGAGAAGGCUGUACGCGAAUUAAUAAUACGUACAAUUGGCGAAGAUGCCUCGAGAAGUUUUGCUGUUCAUGUGGAUAAUACGAUGCCUUUGAAGAGUUUUAACAUUGAAAAAACCUCUCCAACAACAAUAACUUUAAAAGGAUCUGAUGGCGUUUCAGUAGCGAAAGGUUUUCAUCAUUACCUUAAGUAUUAUUUACAUAAGCACAUAGAAUGGACCAACACGAGGGUUGUGUUGGAGUCACCUCUUCAAUUGCCGAAUGUGUCUAUUUUCUCUAAAUCGGCAAGUGAUUUUAUUUAUUACCAAAACGUUUGUACGUGGAGUUACAGUUUUGCAUGGUGGAAUUUCGCCACUUGGCGACGCCACAUUGACUGGAUGGCUAUGAUGGGUGUGAGCUUAACUAUAGCACCAAUCCAGGAGUAUAUUUGGAAUGAAGUUUACGUCAGUUUGGGCCUGACGAAGAGUGAAAUUGAUGAGCAUUUUGCAGGUGCAGCUUUUCAAGCUUGGCAACGAAUGGGAAAUAUGCAUGGCUGGGGUGGACCGAUAACACCAACAUAUAGACGUUUACAAAAAGUCUUACAACAACGUAUUUUGAAAGCGGAACGUGAUCUUGGUAUGCGUGUAGCUUUACCGGCCUUUGCUGGUCACUUACCAGUAGCUAUGACACGGAUUUUCCCCAACACCACCUUUACACCGGUAGACCGUUGGAACCGAUUCCCCGACAGAUAUUGUUGCACUGUUUUCCUCGACCCAACUGAGCCGCUGUUCCAAGAAAUUGCUGUGAAAUUUCUUAAAUUGACCAUUGAAAUCUAUGGCAGCGAUAAUAUAUACUUCUGUGAUCCAUAUAACGAAGUAUCACCACGUGAGAGAACGGUUGAUUAUUUGCGUGCUACCUCGUACCACAUUUACGAGUCCAUGCGUUCGGUGGACAAUUCCGCCAUUUGGAUGCUGCAAGAUUGGCUAUUUCAAAGGCUUGACCUUUGGACGAGGGAAUUGACCAAAGCAUUCUUAACUGGCGUGCCAGUUGGCAAAUUGCUAGUACUGGACUUACAAAGUGAGGAAUUUCCGCAAUAUGAACAAACACACUUUUUCUAUGGCCAACCAUUUAUAUGGUGUAUGUUGCACAAUUUCGGUGGCACGCUUGGCAUGCAUGGCUCCGUUGAUAUUGUUAAUACACGAAUUCGUACAGCGAGAAAUAUGGUUAACACCACAAUGGUUGGCGUGGGCACCACACCAGAGGGCAUUAAUCAGAAUUAUGCCAUGUACGAACUUGUUUUGGAGCGAGGCUGGGCGCAGGACGACUUCAAUGUGAGUGCUUGGUUUGAUACGUACGCCGAUGUACGUUAUGGUGUACGCGAUGAACGUUUGCGUAAAGUUUGGCAACUGCUGCGCGAAUCUGUGUUCUCCUAUAGUGGUUUUGUGAAAAUUCGAGGUAGAUAUCCCAUCACAAAGAGGCCAUCCCCAAACCUCUAUCCAUGGACUUGGUAUAAUACAACAAUCGUUUACGAGGCAUGGAAACUAUUUUUAACAGCGCUGGAAGACACUAAAAUACCCGAACCUAACCUGCAGUUUAGCACACAUGACGUGGUCGACUUGACGCGUCAAUUCAUACAACAAACAUUCGAUAAGCUAUAUGUGAACUUGAUGGCUGCCUAUAGAGAUAAACAAAUGGAGCGUUUCGUUUAUAUUGCAGAACGCCUGUUGGAGAUCCUCAAUGAUCUCGAAGCAAUAUUGUCCACCAAUAUGGAUUUCUCAAUAAGUCCAUGGCUGGAGUCUGCUAGAUCAUUGGGACGUACACCCGCAGAGAAACAGCUUUUCGAAAUGAAUGCACGCAAUCAAAUAACUUCUUGGGGGCCGACUGGUCAAAUUCAUGACUAUGCCACAAAACAAUGGUCGGGCAUUGUUAUCGAUUAUUACCGUCCCCGUUGGGAACUCUUCUUACAAAUGCUCCUUAGAAGCUUGCAACGCAAUGAAAAGUUCGAUGAGAACGAAUUUAAUCAGAGAGUCAGCAGGGAGAUCGAAAAUCCUUUCAGCAUUCUGCGUAAAGUCUACCCCUCGGAACCGGUUGGAGACAGCUUUACUAUUGCGAAAUACAUUUACAAUAAAUGGACCGCAUAUCAGGAGAGUUUACGUUACAAAGAAUAUUGUGCUGUUCCCGUAAGCACUGAUUAUGUAAAUAAAUAAAGAAAAAUA